AUGCUCCCAUCUCGACGGCUCCUCCAGCAUGCUUCCAAGAUCACCCUGUUCACACGAGCCAAUUGCUCCCUAUGUGACUCUGCUAAGCGUGUCCUGUCAGACGUAUGGGACCAGCGGCCAUUCGAAUAUACCGAAAUCGAUGUAAUGGAGCCAGGGAAGGAGAAAUGGAAGAUUUACGAGUUUGAUACUCCUGUGAUUCAUGUCGAUAAAUUUAGACCGGGAGAAGAGACAACCACAGGGGCAGUCCUAAAGCUGAUGCAUCGGUUUAAAGAAGCUGAAGUCAAGAGUUUGAUGGAUGAAGCCGAGGAAGAUAAGAACCCGUGA